AUGAAAUUUCCAUUAGAUAUGAAAUUCCUUUUUGGGAUACAAAUUUUAAUUGCUUCUCUCAUAGUCACAUUAGAUUAGAGGGAAUUAUGGUUAGUUAUAUUGAAUAACCAACUAAAAGUCGAAUAUUUUAAAAAUAAUCAGUAUUAAGGUUUAAUUUUGUUUUUCAAAUUACUUUUGAAAAUCUUCCCUAUUGAUCAUUUUUUACUAUAUUCCACCUUUAUUAGUAAAGCAAUUCAAAUGUAGAACAUAAAAGUUUAUCUUGAUAUAUGGAGAUUGAAAUUUAUAAAACAAAAUAACAAUCAAGGUUUUUUGGAAUAUUCGACAAGACUAUCGAAUACUAAUCCUCCUUUGGUAUUCACUACAUAUGAUUAGACCCCAGGCCUGUCAAUCAAUUUGUAAUGACACCUCUUGGAUUCAGGGAGCUUGGCUUAUUUUCCCAAAAUGUGAGUUUUCUUGAAUCUCUGCACAAUAUUUUUAGCCGUGGCAUACUUAAUAUUCAACAAUUCAGCAGCCUACAAAAGACUUAAUUUAAAAUAACAACUUAAUUAAUUUUCCAUUCCUCUUUGUAAACAAGAUUUACAAGUUAUUCUUAUUUCAACCUUGG